AUGACGGAGGUCGAGCCGGAGUUCAAGGUGGGCGCGAAGGGCAAGAAGCAGGUGGUGGACAACGCGCUGGACAAGAAGUUCCGAGGCUCGAAGAUGGACAACUUCUUCAAGGUGUCGCAGCGGGGCUCCAACCUCACGACGGAGAUCCGUGCCGGAAUCACAACCUUCCUCACCGCGGCCUACAUCAUGGCCGUCAACCCGAACAUCAUCAGUACCACGGGUCUCAAUUUCGAUGGCCUGGUGUUCGCGACAGCGAUGUCGAGCUGCAUAGCUACGCUGAUAAUGGCGCUUUGGGCGAACUUGCCGUUUGGCCUGUGGCCAGGCAUGGGCAUGAAUGCUUACUUCGCCUACACCAUAGUAGGUUUCAAGGGCACGCAGAAUGCUGUGAAGAAGGUUAUGAUGGCUGUGACCGUCGAGGGCGUGAUCUUCAUCAUCAUGUCUGCCUUCGACCUCCGGCGCUAUGUCUUCAAGGUCUUCCCCACAUGGAUGAUGAAGGCCACCAUGGCGGGGAUCGGCUUGUUCUUAGCCCACAUCGGACUGCAAGCUGGCAAUGGCAUUGAUAUCGUCAGGGACCACCCGGCAGUGCUUGUGGACCUUGUGACUCUCACUGGCGAGCACUUUGCGCGCACGUGGAUCGGAAUCGCUUUCUUUUGCGUCAUGAGCCUCUUGAUCCUCCUGCGUGUGAAGGGAGCCGUGAUGAUUAGCAUCCUGCUUAGCGCGAUUCUCUGCUGGAUUCUGUCAGCUACCACGGAGCAGUUCAACUACAAACCCAUGUGCUGCCUCGGCAGUGUCACCUAUCCCGAUCCGGCCGCCGGAGGUGUAGAGUGGUAUCCCAAGCCGGGAGGCGGCUUCUACCCCAAGCCUACGUGCAUGGACCCAUACACUGUCCCUGGUAAGGGCAAGAUGGAAAGCACAGACUCCGGACCCUCAUUCAGCUUCGAGUCCUCUGCAUCCGUGUCCUAUGCCAACGGGGUCUACACGAUCACCAACGGUGGCUCCUCCGUAAACCACACUGGCAGCAUCUACUUCGAGGGCAUCGCAGCAGGCCGCGACUCCUCCUUCAAUGGCGGCUGCACCGACACCUGCCAUGCCAUGAUGGGGGGCUUCAAUCCUGCGUGCUUCGGCACCGUGCUCGUGGAGACGGGUUGCUGGACUGGCAUGGACUUUCAAAGCCGAGCAACUCAGCAACUGGUGGUCGAUCAGUUUGGAGAGGGUUGCCUUGGUGGUGCUGGGCGAAUCCCGAAGACUUUCAGCCCUCCCAACGCCUUCGCCUCGAUUCCACUCGUGGACGUCGCCGGACCAUUGGUGGCCCCAUUUUCCGGAUGGGGUGGCUGUGAUGCAGAUGGCGCCAACUGUGUCAACGGCGACGUCUCUGGUGGCACUAUUCUGGCUUGGGACACCUCCGGUUUCGGCGACUGGCAAGGCUUCUGGAAUCCGUUGCUCACGCUCCUUUACAUCGACUUCAUCGGCACCAUGGGGUUCCUCUACGCAGCAGCAGACCUUAGUGGGCUGGUCGAUCCGGAGAAGCCGGAGACCUUCCCCGGUUGCUACGCGGCCUUCAUGGCGGAUGCCGUCGGUACCUUUGUGGGUGGAUUCCUGGGCACCAGCUCGGUUACCACGUAUGGCGAAUCCAUGGCUGGCGUCUAUGAGGGUGGCCGCACCGGUCUGACGGCGCUCGUGAUCGCUUUCCUGAACUUCAUUUGCAUCUUCAUGACACCCUUGCUCUCCUCCAUUCCUACGCUUUCAACCGGCCCUGCAUUGGUCAUGGUGGGGGUCUUCAUGAUCGAAGGCGUGAAGGAUAUUGAGUGGACUGACUACAUGCAAGCCAUCCCCUCCACGAUCUGCAUCCUUCUGCAGAUCACGACCUACAAGAUCGAGGUUGGUGUCUUGGGUGCAUUAUUAGUCUGGACUUUCCUCAUGAUCUUCUCGGGCCGCAUCUUCUUAUACAUGCCUGCGGUCUGGGAGAAGCUUCCACCUGCCAUGCAGCGAUUCGUCUCCACCCAGCUCGGGGACAAGGAGUUCCAACAGCGACUGAAGGAGGUCGGUGCACUCCCAGAGGAGCCGAAGAAAGAGCUCGGCGUCCUUCCCACAGCCAUGGAAGAGGGGAAACCGGAGGUCCGGGAAUUCCUGACCACCGGUCGGCCGGAUGUCAAGGCUGCUAACGACAGGGUGGACUUCCAGAGCCAGCUCAGCAACUUCCACCGGGCUCAUGCCAGCAAGUUCCUCCACUACGAGGAGGGUGGCCCCUGUGACCAUAGCUGGCAUGGGCUCCAUGAGGAGUAUCGCCGACUCUACGAGGACCAUUUGCAGCAGUUUCUGGCACGCGAAGGGAUGAAGCAGGAAGACUUCGUGAAGCUCGCUGGCCGCUAUGCAAAGAAUCUCAGCGGCCAGGAAGCGGAGGAGUGGGACGUCUUUUUGUCCAAGCUAACCUCCUGCGAGGAGUUCAGCGACUUUCUGGAAACGAUGAAAGCAGUUGCUUCCGGGAAGACUGGAAUUCUGGCCCACACGGAGUGCAGCUUCGUCGAGGACGAUCCGAGCUCGCCGUCCAGGAGAGUUCCAGAAGGUGUGGUGGCCUUCAGCCGCCAUCUCUCCUCCAGCUCAAGGAGGAGAGACCUGGAGGUGUUCACUGAGGAGAACUGGUGCACUUUCCACGUCAGAUUUCAAGAGCAUCGGCACGAGUGGUACUCGCUGCACCAAAGGUUUGUGCGGCUGUUCGAGCUCGCGGCCGAGGAGGCCUUGCUUGCCGCAGGCCUGCAGAUCGGCCAGUUGGCCGAGUUUUUGGUGCACCAGCUGCCCCUCAUGGGCCAGCCGCCGGCCUUGCAGGACUUUUUGCUUCUGCUUUCCCCGGCGGAAGAUUACGUGGACUUCGUUGAAAUGAUGAAGGCUCGCGCCGCGGAGUUUGCAUCUCCAGGGCCUGCGCGAGGCGCCAAAGAGCCACAACCGGCGGUGCCGGAGGCGGCACCAUCUGUGCUGCCGCCCCCGCCACCUCCACCGCCUCCACCACCGCGGUCACCGCCGUGCUCGCCCCCAAUCUCGCCACCGGCCGGCUCCCGCGAAGUGUCUCCGAGCCCAGGAGACCGCGGACUAUCUGAUGCUGACCUGGCCCACACUUCUGCCAUCCGUGAGUCCUUUAGGGCCUUCCUGGAUGCCAGCGACGCACCCGAGUCCCUGCAGCACUUCCAGGCGGUGCUGUCUCUUCUCGGCGAAGAGAGGCCGGCAAGCUACCAGAGCCUCUCCACGGCACUGGGGGCCCACUUGUCCCGGCCACUGAGGGGGCUGCUCGACUGCAUCGACAGGCGACUGUCGGAGCAGGGGGUGGCGCUCAAGCAUGGCCGAUACAGCUCGAAGCCUUUGCACAACGUCCGUUGCGUCAUUUGUGGCGCAGGCCCUGUGGGUCUUCGGACGGCCGUGGAGCUCAAGGCUUUGGGCGCCGAGGUGUCAGUUUUCGAGAAGCGUCGGAGCUUUGACCGCCUCAACCGCCUGAAGCUUUGGGAGUGGGUGAAGCAUGACCUCAUCGGUUGGGGUGCGAGGCAGCUGAUGCCGAGGUUCGGUGCCGGCGCUGGUCACUUACACAUCGGCAUUGCCCAACUGCAGCUGCUGCUUCUGAAAACCAGCUUGCUCCUCGGUGUGGAUGUGCAGUUGGCGACGACCUUGGCAGAGAUCUCCGGUGAGGAGGGUCCGGUGUUGUUGGCGACGCCUGCUGACAAGGCGCCUUUCCCGGUGCCCUGCGACGUCUUGAUCGAAGCGGGCGGGCCCAGGAGCCUUGUCUGGAGUUCGGCCAACCUGCGAUUCGAAAUGGUCAGGUCCGCGAAAGCCACCGGUCUCGUAGCCAACUUCUGUCGCCGCGACGGCCUUGGAGAGGAUCUCCAGGAGUUUUCUUGGGCGAAGCAGUUCAACAUGUCCUUGUUCAGCGACCUCAAAGAGAAGGUCAGUGCAGACCUGGAGAACAUUGUCUAUCUCCGGGGCGAGGAGGCGCACUACUUCGUGAUGACACCGAAGCUUCAGAGCCUUGUGGACACGGGCAUUCUUGCGACCCCGACGACGCCCUUCGGCGAGUUGGACGUGGAGGCAUUAAAGAGCUUCUUGGCAGAGGAAGCACGAGGUCCAGAGUGGCUUACUUUGGGCUCGCAUAGACGCACUGAAGAUGAAACUGUCCUGUUUACCUGUGGCUUCUGCCGCAUUCUUGAAGAUCCUUGCUAUAUCUUUAGCCGUCUUCUGGAUGCAGGUGCCCGGGCGAUUAUAGCGACUUCUGAUGAUCAUCAUGAUCAUCUCAUUGCAAUGCACCCGCAUGUGGGUCGGGGCAGGGUUUGCGGGGUAGUUUGGCAUUCCGACUACAGUACCGGCAUUGAGUAA